GAGACUGCCGCACGUAUGGUAGAAGAAGAAAAGAUAGCAAAACAAACAAUGCCUAGUUAUGUAGGAUUAGAAAAGUACCAAUUAAAAGCUAAACUUGGAGAUGGCGCAUUUUCUAAAGUAUAUCAAGCUAUUAAGAUUAGUACAAAUGAAAAAGUAGCUAUAAAGAUUGUUCGAAAAUUAGACUUGAAUAAUCAACAAAAAGCAAGUGUCUUGAAAGAAGCACAGAUUAUGAGGACAUUAGAUCAUUCUUCCAUUACUAAAUUAUUAGACUUUAUUGAAACAAAAGAGCAUUAUUUCCUUGUCUUAGAAUUAUGUGAAGGCGGAGAAAUAUUUCAUCAAAUUGUUCGACUAACCUAUUUUAGCGAAGAUUUAUCUCGUCAUUGUAUAAAACAAGUAGCAGAAGGCAUUCAAUAUUUGCACGAAGAAAAAGGUGUUGUUCAUAGAGAUAUUAAACCAGAAAAUUUAUUAUUUGUACCUAUUGAAUUUAAAGAAAGAAAGGAACCUUUACCUCCUAAUGAAUUUGAUGAACCUAAAGAAGAUGAAGGCGAAUUUGUAAUUGGAGUCGGAGGUGGAGGUAUUGGUUCAGUUAAAAUUGCUGAUUUUGGAUUAUCAAAAGUAGUUUGGGAUCAACAGACCAUGACACCUUGUGGUACUGUCGGUUAUACUGCCCCAGAAAUAGUGAAAGACCAACGUUACUCAAAAUCAGUUGACAUGUGGGCAUUAGGUUGUGUCUUGUAUACUCUCUUAUGUGGCUUCCCUCCAUUUUAUGAUGAAUCCAUCAAGAUAUUAACAGAGAAAGUUGCAAAAGGUCAAUAUACUUUCUUGAGUCCAUGGUGGGAUAACAUCUCUGAUGAAGCUAAAGAUUUAAUUGAAAAUUUACUUUGUGUGGAUCCUGAUAAACGAUACAAUAUUAAUGAAUUUCUUGAUCAUCCUUGGAUAAAGAAUGAGGCGGCUGUUCCAACUAUGGUUGAACCAUCAAAUGGUAUCCCAUCCGUCAUUAAUUCUCGUGCCAACUCAUGUGCUAAUUCACGAGCACCUUCUAUUAUUGCCUCUGGAACGACUACACCUAGACGUGAUUUAUUCUCUGGUGUAUCCUCUAUGAAGGAAAUGUUUGAUAUUUCGUACGCUGUACAUCGAAUUACAGAAGAAAAAGCACGAAGAAAG